CGCCGGUUGAAUCAAGACGAUCAGAUCCAAAACUUUUGGCGCAUUCCCCCACCGACAUCGUGGUGAAGAGAGUGCCGGAGUGGCUCAUAGUGUUAAAUAUACGUUUCAUCAAAGUGAUAAUUUCUGACGUCGUGUCGAACGAGAAAAUGAUAUAAAGCUGGUUUAACUGUUUGGUUUGAGAGUUUUGUGGUCAUGGUCGGAUAGUCGACUUGGUAAUCGUUACGAUCGGAAAACCCAAAUGUUGAAGUGAUCUGCAUAUGUUUACUCUAGCAAUCAAGUGCCGUUAGUGAUUGAACUGAAAACGUUACCGCGCCACAUUACUUUCGCAAAUCGCCGAUAUCGCUGUGGAUGAUAUACAGUACGGUACCAGAAACAAACAUCAAUCCAAAAUGUCUGUUUAUCUUCAAGUCAGCACUACGUGCGAUGACGAAAUGUACGAUAGUGGAAACGGUGGGAUCAACACAUCGAGCCAGCAGAAUCUAUUGUCUAUUACUAGCCUUGCACAUCCAACCUGCAAAUUCAACCAUAGUUCAAAGAAUGAUGAAUCUUACGGAGAGACUGAAAAGCGAAAACUUAUUUGGGCGAUAGUUUUCACGUUAGCCUUCAUGUUAGCCGAAUUCGUCGGAGGUUACAUAUCCGGGAGUUUAGCUAUCAUGACCGAUGCCGCCCAUCUGCUGUCCGAUUGCAUUAGCUUUCUGAUAGCGGUUAUUUCCAUCUGGAUAUCAAACAGACCACCCGACGGGCGAAUGUCCUUCGGAUAUAGGCGAGUAGAGGUCCUCGGUGCCCUACUGUCAAUCUUCGGUAUCUGGUCUCUCACGGUGUUGCUGGUGGUGGUGUCCGUCCAGCGACUGCUUAGUAAUGACUACGAAAUUGACGCCAACACUAUGAUAAUAGUGGCUGUGUUAGGUGUAGUAAUGAACAUCGCCACAGCGUUCAUCUUGCAUGGAUCGUGUUCCGUAGUGCCGCACUCUCAUCACGGCCACUCACACGGCCACUCGCAUGGUCAUUCCCAUGGCCAUUCCCACGGUCAUUCCCAUGGUCACACGCACAAGUCAGUUCCAAGUUCCAUAUCGGUAGUUCCUCCGCAGUCCCGUUCUCGAUCUCAUUCACCGCGUAAAAAGAAACCGCAACCUCGUUUGGAUAAGCUCAAACUAUACGACGAAAAACGGACCGAUCAAAUGGAGCAACUAACUAUUCCCAACUUGCCCCCCACUCCAAGCGGCAGCCCACACACCUCGCUGCCACCUACUAGACACAAUUCGUUCACAGUUAAAAGCACUUCGUCUACGAAUUUAGACAAUAUUUUGUACAUAGCUAGAACUAAACUAAAAAGCGAAGCUUUGCGACAGCGAAUGAGCUUAGAUGGAACCAAUUCUCCAGAUCUGAUCAGCUCCAGCAAGCUGCUCUACAAUAAAAUAGACGCCGAUGAUUGGUCUACCGUUAGCCAAAACAGAAGGGAAAGCUGUGAUACUGAAGACCUGUCUUCGAGUGACGAAGAUUGCUCGACUCACCACCAUCAGCAGCACGGAGAGGAAAAUCUCAACGUUAGGGCUGCCAUUAUACACGUGAUUGGUGAUUUUAUUCAGAGCGUUGGAGUGCUGAUCGCUGCCAUCAUCAUCAAGUUUAAGCCGACUCUGAAAAUAGUCGACCCUAUUUGUACCUUCCUAUUUUCACUGAUUGUGCUGAUUACUACCGUGCGGAUCUUUCGAGAUUCCAUGCGAAUACUGCUGGAUGCAGUGCCGGACAGUGUUGCGGUUGAUAAGCUUAGCGCUGAGCUCGAGAGCAUAUCGGGCGUCAAAGCUGUCCAUGAUCUGAACGUGUGGAGCAUUACGACCGGACUGAAUGUGAUGACUGUCCACCUAAUGGUUGACCCCAUCGCCAAUACGUCGAAAAUUCUAGUCGCAGCACAUACGAUAGCCCAGAAAGGUUACAACAUACGGCGGUGCACGGUGCAAAUUGAAACGAUAACUUUUCGUACCUAAGUUUUACGCUUAUUUUUUAUGGUAUUUGUAGGUUAAAUUUAUA